GAGCCGCGCAUCCGCAACGCCGAGGAGGAGGAGGAGGAGGAGGAGGAAGAGGCUGGCAGCAGCCAGUGCCUGCAGGAAUCCAGUUGGAAAGUCCACACACGAGGCAACAAUGCGCUGAGGGGGGGGGGGGGGAAAUCUGCGCGGAGCUCCGUUUGUUCAAACCAAAAGGUUGCGUUUCUACGAUCGAUAGCAGGGGGAAAACCCCGCUGCGGACAAGUUGUGGUGUUUCAGAGGAUAAAUCCGAUCUGGAGAUGAAUACCAACGAUGCCAAGGAGUACCUGGCGCGGCGGGAGAUACCUCAACUGUUUGAGGAGGAACAGGAAAACUGAGCCUGCUGACAGGUUUGAUGUACUACCGGCCCGAUGACCCCAUCGACUACCUGGAGGUCUGUCUGAGGAAAGUCCGGGAGCUCGGCGGACCGGACAAGGUGCGGUGGGACACCUUCGUGGGCCAGGACAAGAAGUCCCUACCGCCUCUCAACGGGGGCCAGUCGCGCAGGUCCCUCUUCAGAAACGUGUUGCCCGACAGUCCCAAUUUUCCCUACAGACGGUAUGACCGCCUCCCCCCCAUCAGCCAGUUCUCCAUCGAAAGCGACUCGGACCUGUCGGAGACGGCGGAGCUCAUAGAGGAGUACGAGGUGUUUGAUCCGUCAAGGCCGCGGCCGAGGAUCAUCCUCGUCAUCGGGGGCCCUGGCAGCGGCAAAGGGACGCAGAGCCUGAAGAUCGCCGAGCGCUACGGCUUCCAGUACGUGUCCGUGGGCGAGCUGCUAAGGAAGAAGAUGAUCCACAACGCCACCAGCAACAGAAAGUGGAGCCUGAUUGCAAAAAUCAUCACCAACGGAGAGCUGGCACCGCAGGAGACCACGAUCACCGAGAUCAAGCAGAAGAUCAUGAAGAUCCCAGAUGCCAACGGCAUCGUCAUCGAUGGGUUCCCCCGGGAUGUCGGACAGGCCCUGUCCUUCGAGGACCAGAUAUGCACUCCCGACCUGGUGGUGUUCCUGGCCUGCACCAACCACCGCUUGAAGGAGCGGCUGCAGAAGCGCGCCGAGCAGCAGGGCCGACCCGACGACAACCCCAAGGCCAUCGACCGCCGCCUGACCAACUUCAAGCAGAACACCAUUCCUCUGGUCAAAUACUUCCAGGAGAGGGGCCUCAUUGUCACGUUGGACGCCGACCGGGACGAGGAGGAAGUCUUCUGUGACAUCAGCGUGAGCGUGGACAACAAGGUGUUUCCCUCCGACGAGCCCGCAGCCGGCCCCAGCGAGCUGGACCUCAGUCUCCUGGGUGAAACCGGCAGCCUGGCAGAUGUUGCCUGCAAGUACAGCGAGGUUGAAGAGGAGGAGGAGGAGGAGGAGGAGGAGGAGGAGGAAGACGUUGGUUACGCUGAAGGAGCCGCAGAGAGUUAUAGCACAGAACACAGGAAACCAAAGGUCGUCUUCAUGAUUGGUGGUCCAGGCUCAGGGAAGGCUGUCCAGUGCCAGCGGAUGGAGGAGAGGUUCGGCCUGCGUCACGUGACCCUGGGUGACCUGCUGUGCCACGAGCUGCAGUCUCACAGCGGCCGAGGCCGCCGCCUGCGGGACGUCCUGGAGCGAGGGGAGCAGCUGCCCAAGGACACACUGCUGGAGCUGCUGUGUGAGGCGGUGGCGUCGCCGGGACGACAGGGGAGAGGUCUCGUGAUCAGCAGCUUUCCCAGGGACGUGAGGCAGGCGGAGGAGUACGAGGCCAAGAUGGGCGAACCCGGCGCCGUUGUUCUGCUGCGCUGCUCGCCCGACACCAUGUCCGGUCGCCUGCGGUGCCGCGGCGGGCCCGGCCCCGGCCCCCGUCCCGCCGCCGUGGACGGAGACGGAGACGACGGGAGCCACUGCAGCGACGGCCGCCGGGCUGCGCUGGCGGCACACUACGAACACAAGAGGCUCCUGCACACGAUCGACGCCGAGAGGUCGCCGGAUGAGGUGUUCGCCCAGAUCUGCCAGGCGAUGGAGUCCAGCUCCACCUUCUGAAUUUUCUAUAAUUUCCCCUCCAACAACCACCACUCCCCCCCCCCACUUCAACUGGGCCCCCCCACUUCAACUGGUUCCACCUGCGGAGACCGUCCCUCUCCCUCCCCCUCCCCCCCCUGCCACGUCAUCCCCAGAGGGGCCUCCCCUCGCCUCCCCUCACACCUCCACCAGACAUACGCUCGUCGACGACCAGUGGUCUGCAUGUCCCACCUGAUGUUGUGAAAUCUCUCUCUCCCUGUCCCUGUCCCUCUGCGCUUCUUGGACACUGACAGAGCACUUGGUUGUCACCUUCUUGCAUCGUUUCUCUCUCUCUCUCUCUCUCUCUCUCCCUCAAUAUAUGCUGCCAACUGCCAGAUUGGGGCUGAUACAUGUACUGAGAAAAACAAAUUGCAUUCCCUGCUGCGGCUGAGAGCGCAUUUCCUGUCGAACGUUCCCCCCCGAAGGAUCUCAGAGAGGCUUGUGGAAACUGUCAGCGUGCGUGCGUGCGUGUGUGUGUGUGUGUGUGUGUGUUUCACGCCCUCAUGCACAGCAACAUGCUGUACGUCGUAAAAUCAAGCAUGCAAGAAUUACAAUCAAGCUCAACUGCCUUCUGUGCAUUAAAAAUGACAUACAAAGCAUACACAAUGAGUAUUGAACGAUGUCGCGUUUGUAUGUUUCCAAGCUCAUCGUACAAAGUGCUUGUUCGAGUCUGGUGAUUUGACAUUCAAUAAAGACACUGCAUUUGCUGA